AGUUGGCCAUCAAAUCAACGUGUGCUCGAACUUAAAUAUUUUCGAAUAUUGAAUAAAACUACUGUAUUUCUUUAAAACAAUGUCAUCGUCCUUCUUUCUAAAAGGCAAAUCUAGACAAGUUCACAAAAGAAAAGGUGAAAAAAUUAAGAAGAAGAAUCCGAAAAGGCAAAACGCUCCUAACCUAGAAAAUGGUAACGAAUCUUCUGAAAGUGACUUGGAAAUCAAGAAAUUUUCCGAUGCAGAAGAAUCUGAAAGUGAUAAUGAGACGGCAGAGCAAAAGAAACUUCGUUUGGCCAAGAAAUACUUAGAAGAAAUUGAAAAAGAAGAGGCCAAAAGAGCCGAACUAAAAGAGGUUGAUGAUGCAGUCGAGAAGCGUUUACAGAAGGACUACUUGGAACAGAAAGGCAAACUAAAAGUAGAAGUAGCCGACAACUACAUCGCGCCCACUGACGAGGACUGCAGGCUGAUCCGCGCCAGGGAACACCGGCUGACUCUCACGUGCGUCUGCAUCAGUAAUGAUGUUCAGUUUGCAUUCUCGGGAAGCAAAUGUGGUACUAUUAUAAAGUGGGGCAUUAAGGAGAAAAGAAAACUCGGUUGCCUGGCAUAUAAAACACAUGCUACCUACUUAAAAGGUAGCAUUACUUCAGUUGCAAUUUCAACAGACUCCAAAUACCUAGUGAGUUCAGACCAGUCAUCUGACAUCCAUGUUUGGGACCCGACAACUCUAAAACAUAUCCACACAUUCAAAGGCCAUAAAGACACAAUAACAGGAUUAGUAUUUAGAAAGAAUACGCAUGAUUUGUACUCGGCCAGCAAAGAUCGAUCUGUGAAAAUUUGGUCAUUAGAUGAGAUGGCGUAUGUGGAGACUUUAUUUGGACAUCAAUCACCAAUAACAUCGAUAGAUGCGCUGUCAAGAGAGAGAGCAAUCACAGCAGGAGGGAGAGAUACUACAGUCAGGAUAUGGAAAAUUGUUGAGGAAUCCCAGCUCAUAUUCAAUGGGCCCGUGGGCAGUUUAGAUGAAGUCAGACUAUUAGAUGAAGAACGCUUUGUAUCUGGCAGCGACAAUGGUUCCUUAUGUCUUUGGAGUGUUCUUAAAAAGAAACCUCUAUGUACAAUAGCAGAAGCACAUGGUGUUGAAAAUGGUGUGCCAAGAUGGAUAACUAGUGUAGCAACAUUGUUGAAUUCAGAUGUUUUUGCAUCUGGAUCAUAUGACAAUAAUAUUAGACUGUGGAAAGUGUGUGAUGCAUAUAGAAAAAUUAUGCCACUAUUCAGCAUACAGAUAAAGGGAUUUGUGAAUUGUAUGCAGUUUAGUAGUGAUGGGAACAUGUUGUAUGCCGCCAUUGGACAGGAACACAAAUCUGGCCGAUGGUUCAAGUCAGGGGAUUCCAAAAAUGGGUUAUUAGUUGUUAAUUUCAGAAUUAAAUCAUAAUAUUUGUUAAUAAAUACUA